AUCUAACUUCGACUGAGUGACGUUCGAUGACGCAGCGCGCAGCCGCCGGGAGAAGUUUUGAAAAUAAACGUGAUACUUUUAUUUUUCUUAAACGUUUAAUAUCAUCGUUGUUUCAUUAACAUUUUCGUUUUUUUUUCCCGGCAAAAACAAAAAGCCGAAUUUCUUCAAACGAGGAGUUUAAUUGAGAAACGCAACAAAGCAGCAGCUUUCGUCUCCAGGUGAGUGUCACAUUUUAAAACGCUGUGAAGUUGCUAGCUGAAGCUGUUUGUGUGUCUCUGACAUGAGGCAACUGAUGUCAACACACUGCUGCUUUCACUCCCUAACUUACCACAGCGUUAACACACAGGGAGGAGGAACUGAGUGUGUUUUAAUACAAAGAGGAAAUGCAAAUGAGGCUGCGUGAAUUGAGACAAGUUAGCUAAGUUGAAGCUAACUGUCACCUUGUUGCCGCGUUAGCUGAAAGCUCACACAGAGCAGAAAGUGUCCUCUGAUGAGCCAGCUGUCUCGGCCGGAGGCCACCUGUUGUUGCCGCUGAUUCACACACACAGCACCGCUGUAAUAUCUCUCAUAGUGUCUGACAACAGCCCGCUGUGUGAUGCCUCAACACCGAGCCACACUCGAACAACUUCUGGCAGCAAUGUCCUCUCCGGAAGACGAAGCGGCGGCUGCGAUGUUGUCCGCCGUGUCGGCCGCCGUGUCAGCCGCCAUGGCGGUCGCCAACGCCGUGGACGCUAAGGCGGAUCUCACCGCGCUGCUCGACGAAUGGGAGGAAACGCAGCAGGGCACCACAGAGCAACUGGUGUCCAUCCUUACCAAAAUAUCCGAGCUGAUUGAGCGGGAGACGGGAGAGUAUCACAAAGCCGACCCCGAUCCGUUUGAUGACCGUCAUCCAGGUUUUAUUUUCAACCCCAAAAGUUUCAAAAGACGAGCGGACCCAGACUGCAUGCUGGGCCAACUCCUGAAGAUGCUCUUUAUGAACGACGACUUCACGAACGCACUGUUGGACACGUAUAUAAUGACCAGCAGAGAGCUGAGCCUCAACACGGCCGCCUGCCGCCUGCUUCAGAACAUCAUGCCGGGCCUGGAGACCGCCGUCGUCUUCCAAGAGAAGGAAGGUCUGGUUGAGAAAUUGUUCACCUGGGCUCAUGAAGCCGAGAGACCGCUGUGCGUCUACGCCGCGGGCCUGCUGGCCAGAGCCAUGGGCAAUCAGGAAGUGGCGGCCAGCUACAGAGAGCAGAACGCUCGGCUGGUACCAAUCAUGAUUCAGCGGCUGCACGAGCUGCAAACCGAAGAGGCCAAGAGUCGCUUUAGUCCCGCCACGACACCCAAAAAUCUCAAAACCUCGAGCGUCCCAACAGACCAGCGUGACAAGACGGAGGGGGACGAUGCGGGAGAGGAGGAGAGGGAGAGAAAAGAGAGAGACGGAGAGAGCAGCCGGCCGGCGUUAAAGGCCAAUUCCAAACCUUUGUCGCUGCUCAGUUCGACCCAGAAAAACGGCGGCGGCGGCAGCUCAACGCGACUGCUCCCAGACUUUGUUUACCAAGCGAGCCCGGACGCUGCCACCGCCGCCGCCAGGGAGGCGGAGGACAGGCAGGGUGGACGAGGGCGGAAGAGACGGGCUGUGACGGAGAACGGUAGGAAGGCCAAGCAGAAACUCAACUUUGCCUCGACGUCCUCCUGCAGGGCCGAGGACGAGGCGGAGGCAAGCGACCACAGCGACCAGCCGGCCAACAGCGCCUCCUGGUCCGAGGUGAGCGCCAUGGUGAUCGGCUCCGACUACCGCCUCUCGCCGCUGAGUCCCGCCAUGGAGCAGAGGCUCAUCCUGCAGUAUCUGACGCCGCUCGGAGAUUUACAGGAGUUGCUCGCCAUCUUCAUGCAGCUGGACACGCGGUCGUUGCUGAUGAACUACAUCGACCUCAGGCAGACCAAAAAUGUCCAGCUCACCUUCGAUGCCCUACUGUAUCUCUCCUCGCUGCUCCUCCACAAGAAGUUUGCGGCGGAGUUCAUCACUCACGGAGGAGUGCAGAAACUCCUGGAGAUCCCCAGGCCUUCGAUGGCAGCAACUGGAGUUUCACUCUGCUUGUACUACCUCGCGUACAACCAGGACGCCAUGGAGAGGGUGUGCACGCUCCCAAAUGGCGUGCUGUCCGACAUGGUGUCCUACGCUCUGUGGCUGCUGGAGUCGUCCCACGCGUCAGGCGUCUGCCACGCCACCAUGUUCUUCUCCAUCUCCUUCUCCUUCAGGGCGGUGCUGCAGCUCUUCGACCACCAGGACGGCCUGCGCAGGCUCGUCAACUUGGUCAGUACUUUGCAGAUCCUUAACACGGAAAAUGAGGUGUCCAUAAUGAGUGAUGACCAAGUCUUCGCCAACCGACAGACAGCCAAACAUACCUGUAUGGCCCUGCGCAGGUACUUUGAGGCUCACCUGGCAGUGAAGGUGGAACAGGUCAAGCAGUCUCUGCACACGUCGGACGGAGGUACCAUUGUUCCGCAGCAGCCAUUUUACAAGGCAUAUACGUACACCAGAGAGCAGGUUAUUGAGAUGAUGGAGUUUCUGAUCGAGUGUGGACCUCCUCAGAUCUACUGGGAACCAGUUGAGGUUUUCCACAAGCUGUCCUGUGUCCCUUUAAUGCUGCAGCUCAUAUCUACAGCCUGCGACUGGAGGACAUACUACGGCAGAAGUGACACAGUGCGUUAUGUCCUGGACAUCCUGGCCAUACUGGUGGUGGUUCCAAAGGUCCAGUUGGUGCUGGCGGACACCGUAGAGGUUCUGGAUGAAACCAGGUCGCCUGUUUCUACUGUGGGUAUGAGCAUCAUUCUGGGUGUCGCUGAGGGUGAGGUGUUUGUCAACGAUGCAGAGAUCCAGAAGUCUGCCCUACAGGUGAUAAUAAACUGUGUGUGCGCUCCAGACCGGAGCCUGAACACUGUGGGUGCUUUUGCUGUCACCCCCCUCAGGCCGUCCCUCCAGCCCCAGCAGACGUCCGCUCCACACAACGGCGUGCUCGCCCACAUGUGGCAAAUGGUGCAGAAUAACAACGGUAUAAAGGUGCUUCUGUCUCUCCUGUCGGUGAAGAUGCCCAUCACCGACGCCGACCUGAUCCGUGCUCUGGCCUGCAAGGCUCUGGUGGGACUCUCUCGCAGCUCAGCGGUCAGACAAAUCAUCAGCAAACUACCACUCUUCACCAGCAGCCACAUUCAACAGCUCAUGAAGGAGCCACUGCUGCAGGACAAACGAAGCGAGCACGUCCGCUUCUGCCGAUACGCCGCCGAUCUGACCGAGCGGGUGUCGGGCAAGCCUCUCCUCAUGGGCACCGACGUCUCAUUGGCUCGUCUGCAGAGGGCGAACGUGGUCGCCCAAUCACGUAUCACCUUCCCCGAGAAGGAGCUCCUCAUGCUGAUCAGAAACCACCUGGUGGCCAAAGGGCUCCACGACACAGCCAACACACUCGUUAAAGAGGCCAACCUGUCCGUAACGUCCCUCUGUCCCAACUCUUCCUCCUGCGUCACACCUCCCCCCCUCUCCUCCGCCGUGAUUCCCAGGACUUGCCGGUCCGCUGGCGGGAUGGCGGCUCGCGUCGGCGGCCACGUCGGAUCCUCUCCCGUGUCCUCGGCUGCGGCAGCGUCCUCCUCCACUCCCUCGUCCUCUCGUUCCCUCGCCAGUCCUCACCCCUCGUGCUCCUCUUCGUCCACCCCCGCCCUUCCUCCGCCUCCUUCUACUCCCUCUCUUCCUCCCCCUCAUCCCGCAGCUCAUGGCUCACAUCUGGUCGGGCGGAUUUUGUUCACGCGGGAACGCCCCGUGGCCCAGUGCAACUCAGGGAAAAAACUUAGAGCGCUGAAACAGAAGUCUGACCACGGUGCUUUCAUACAGACUCCAGUCUUGAAGAAGCAGCUGGAGCGACACGUUCCUUCGCCCCCGAGCCUCGACAGCAUCAUCACCGAGUACCUGAGGGAGCAGCACGCCCGCUGCCCCAAUCCUGUCACCACCUGCCCCCCCUUUUCCCUCUUCACCGCCCACCGCUGCCCCGAGCCCAAGCAGAGGCGACAGGCAUCGCCCAACUUCACCGCUCGCCUGGGCAGCAGGGUGCUGUACCCCAAAUAUGGAGGCGUGGACAGAGGGUGUCUGGAUAGACAUCUGAUAUUCAGCAGGUUUCGUCCGAUGUCGGUCUUCCACGAGGGCGACGGAGACGAGAGCGGUUUCACCUGUUGUGCCUUCUCAGCCCGCGAGCGUUUCCUGAUGCUGGGAACCUGCUCGGGUCACCUCAAAUUCUAUAACGUCUUCUCUGGCGAGGAGGAGGCCAACUACACCUGCCACACGUCGGCCAUCACACACCUCGAACCCUCCAGGGAUGGGAAAUUGCUGCUCACCUCUGCGUCCUGGAGUGUCCCCUUAUCUGCUCUCUGGAGUAUGGAUGGAGUCUUUAGCAUGAAGAACUCGUUUGUAGACGACCACUACGUCGAGUUCAGUAAACACACUCAGGACAGAGUCAUCGGCACCAAGGACCAGGUCGCACACAUCUACGACAUCCAGACGGGUCAGAAGAUUCUGACUCUGAACGAUCCCGCCCUGGCCAACAACUACAAGAGGAACUGUGCCACCUUCAACCCCACCGACGACCUGGUGCUGAAUGACGGGGUGCUGUGGGACGUGCGGGCGUCGCAGGCCAUCCAUAAGUUUGACAAGUUCAACAUGAACAUCAGCGGGGUUUUCCAUCCCAACGGCCUGGAGGUCAUCAUCAACACAGAGAUUUGGGACCUGAGGACCUUCCACCUGCUGCACACUGUCCCGGCCCUGGACCAGUGCAGGCUGGUCUUCAACAGCAACGCCACCAUCAUGUAUGGAGCAAUGUUGCAAGCCGAUGAGGAGGAUGACGCUAUGGACCAGCAGAUGAAGAGUCCUUUCGGUUCAUCCUUCAGAACCUUCGAUGCUACCGAGUACAAGCCCAUCGCCACAGUGGACGUAAAGAGGAACAUCUUUGACCUGUGCACCGACACCAAAGACUGCUACCUGGCUGUCAUUGAGAACCAGGACACGGUGAGCUUGGACACGGUUUGUCGUCUGUACGAAGUCGGACGACACAAACUGGCAGAAGAAGGAGACGACGAUGAUCAGGAUGAUGAAGACCAGGACGACGAUGAUUCCUCGGACACGGAUGACGACGAUGAUGACGACGACGAUGACGACAUGGAGACGGACCCGCUGUUGGAGGAACUGGCCAAUAACGACGACCCGGAAAACGAUGACUCGCCCCCCUCUCCCACAGAUGAAGAGAUCGCAGAUCUUCUCGGCAGCAACAGCAGCGACGACAACAGUGACGACGAUGACGACGAUGAUGAUGAUGAAUCAGCAGACUCAGAACAUUCAAACAGAAGUGAUGACGGAUGGGACUCGAUGUACUACCCAGAACAGUCAGAUGAUGAGACUGAGAUCUUUCGGGUCCUCAGCGCGAGAUGGUUCUCCUGACCUGGGAGAAGACGCUCCUCUGCUGAAAACAUGAACCUCAACAAGGACCCCCACCCCACCCCCCACCCCCUUUUUAACCAUAAUUUCUCAUAACAUCAGGCAAGUGGACGGUGAAUACACUGAAAAUGUCCUGAAGGACAACAGCAAAGUCUGUGACAUUAUCUCUCUAUAUAUUCUAAAUAUUUAGAGAGACGACUGUGAUGAUGAAUAAAUAUUUCCCAAAGACCAUGGCGCUCAGAUGGAAAACGAUGACUGUUCACUUGAUCUGGCUUUCUGCUUCCUUUCAGUAGGAGAAAGUAUUUGUGAAAGAAAAGUAUUAAUAUGAUGUUUAACUCUCUGCCUCUGAUGGAAGGAAGAUUUAACGUUGCUGUGCUCGAAAUGAAACGCUUUUUUCACGUUUUGUUCUCGAACUUGGACCUCACUGUUGAGCUCACAGUCGCAUUCACUGACCUACCAAAACCACCGAGAAAUGGAAACCUAUGUCAAGGAAAGUUCAUCGUUUUUUGCCCAGUUUUCCCAGGGAUUAAUCAUUCAGGUUUAAUCUAAAAAAAAAAAAAACUUAUAGCCAUAAAUUUAAAAAUUAAACUGUGUUUUAUCCACUCGCCACACUUUCUGGUGAAACAUAUUCUUCUUACUUCCGUAGAAGAGUUUGACUACAGGCAACUUAUUUCCACACACAGUCAGCAGUCCUCCACACGUAUGGAUGUUUUUUUGACGAUCUUCUUUAAUAAAAGCCAAAAUAUUCACAUAAAGGCAGUGGUUACCCGUUCAAUCACUCAGAGAAAAUGUAAAGUCCCAAGAAAGAUUCCCGGUAAAUGCUAGAUCAGAUCUGCUAGACGUGUCGACGUAGUUAGGUUUAGGCAUGAUGAAUGGGGAUUGGUUAGGGUUAGGGUAAGAAUAACAGGGUCAGCCAAUCAGAGACAAAAAUAAGGCAGGCCGAUGACUCGUCCAGCGGAUCCAAUCUAGCAUCUACCCAUUAAACCUGGCCUUGGAUCUGGUGGGCUGCUUCAUGCUGUUGGCUCACAGAGGUUAUCUGGAAACGUACAUGUUCCCAUGCACAUGGUAAAAACUGCAACUUCUGUGUCUUGUGAAGAAUCAAAAUCCCGUCCUCAUGAGGAAAUAGGCGUAUCCACGUCGUCGUUGCCUGGCUUGAAAACCAGCAGUUUGUCAACCCGAACAUCCAACGCAGAUUUCUGCAGAAAGGCCACUGGUGCAUGGGUCACUAUGAACUACUUUCACCCUUAACUCUGUAUAUAGUUUCCCCACAAAAUUCCCCAAACAAAAUUACAUUUAUUCAAGGAUAACUGAGAUGUGGCAGUGUCGUAUAAUCUUAAGUUAUAUUUGACUUUUUGUUUGGUUUGCUGUAAUUUAUUUUAGCUCAUUUUUAAAAGGGUCGAUAGCUUUUACUUGCGAGAUGAAGUUGUUUUUCUUAUUGAUUCAUACUUUUAGCCCCUGGAUCCUUCAGGAGGCCGAUUGUUUGCUAAACUGGCAGCACUCAGCCGAAAAAUCCAUAGAUUAUCGGUGUGCUUUUGGUUAAAAUCCAAAUGCAUUUAAAAUCUCAAUUUUCUGAGGACAGAGAACCAGCAGAGCUCUUAGUACGUUAGUGUGGACAGCGAGAUUAUUUUAGGGAAAAUACUGAGUUAUCAGUGUUU